CUGCCUGAAGGAAAACUAAAUGUCACUAGCGAAAACAGCGGUGGCGCUUCUACCCUUUUGCAGGAGUUUUUGCUCACAUGCUAGAUAAUUGUUAGUGUGUCCGAGCCCGUUCACGUUUUUUAAUGCAGCUUUAAGACCCGUCACGUCGUUUUUCUCUGUUGGUUGUUUUCAAACGCAGUCGUUGUAAUUUCAGUAAUGGAGUGUCGUGUGUUGUCCAUUCAGAGUCAUGUUGUCAGGGGAUACGUCGGGAACAAGUCGGCAACAUUCCCGCUGCAGGUGCUGGGCUUCGAAGUGGACUCUAUCAACUCUGUGCAGUUCUCCAAUCACACAGGCUAUGCCCAUUGGAAAGGGCAAGUUCUGACAGCUGAGGAGCUAAAUGAGCUGUACGAAGGCAUUAAGCUCAAUAAGGUGAACCACUAUGACUACAUCCUCACAGGGUACAGUCGAGACACAUCCUUCCUGGAGACGGUGGUUGACAUUAUUAAGGAGCUGAAGGAGGCCAAUCCCAGCCUUGUGUAUGUUUGUGAUCCAGUUAUGGGAGACCAAGGUGCAAUGUACGUUCCAGAGUACCUGCUGCCCGUCUACAGGGACAAAGUAGUGCCUUUGGCUGACAUCCUCACCCCCAACCAGUUUGAGGCAGAGCUAUUAACUGGGAGGAAAAUCACCACAGAGGAAGAUGCUGUUGAGGUGAUGGACUUGCUUCAUAAAAUGGGCCCAGAGACUGUGGUCCUUACUAGUUCAGACCUGCCCUCAAAACGUGGGGACCAAUUCCUGGUGGCCCUCGGGAGCCAAAAAAUAGUGAAACCAGAUGGGACCAACACCAGUCAGAAAAUCUGCAUAGACAUCCCCAAAGUAGAUGCUGUAUUUGUGGGGACAGGAGACCUGUUUGCUGCCUUGUUGCUAGCCUGGACUCACUAUCACCCCAAAGACCUGAAGACUGCCUGUGAAAAGACUGUUUCAGUCAUGCACCAUGUCAUUAAGAGGACCAUUACUUAUGCCCAUGAGCUGGCUGGACCUGGGAAAAGGCCCAGUCCUGCACAACUGGAGCUUAGGAUGGUUCAGAGCAAAGCUGACAUUGAGAAUCCUGCCAUUGUAGUGGAAGCUAAGGUUUUACAAAAGUCUUCACACUGAAGACCGUAACGUUAUCGUGAACAUUCACAUUGCGCUGGUACAAAUCGGCUUUCAAUGUGGGCGGUUCGCCAGACACAUGUAGGGUUUUCACAUCAAAGACUGUCACGUGUCUCUGCCUUACAGAAUCUAAAGAAGUACUAUGUAAUACUAAUUAUGUUCUCAUGAGCGGGGUCGGCAGGAUUUGUUGUGUGUACAUUCUGCUCACAAACACACUGGAAUCACUGCCAUAUUCGUCUGUACUAUGGCCUGUAUAGACAUCUGCCAUUCAAAGAAAAAAAAGGACAUUUAGGUUUAGGUUUAAAGUAAGUGUAAGUGUACUUGAAUCUUCCUUAACAUGGGAAAAAUGAUUCCUGACUAUAAAACAACUCAUCUCAAUUAUGCUGAAUAGACGCACGCAUGACCAUGCGUCUACUUGUUUUGGCUAUGAUCGUAAAUAAGGACUAGUCACAUGUACUUAAAUUGUGUUACUCACAAGGCAUCAUAAGCACAUUGAUAUACAGAUUUUAAUGUAAUGAUAAAUUAAGGAUUUAGAAAACAAGUAACACAUAAAACAAAAGCAAAGGGGUUAUGGUGAAAAUAUAUAUAAUAUUUCUUAACAAUGAUGCCAUAUUCACACAGCAUUUUAUAGCAUUGUAAGUUUUCUGAAAUUACUAUAAUAAAAAUGUAUGAAUGCAUGCAGUGUGCUUAUGCAUUUUGGUGUUUCAUCAUGCACUGUAAGUCAAGUGUAAUCACCCUAUGCAUCUAGAUUGGAUACAUUAUACGUGCUGAAAUGUGGAUUGUGACUCUCACAAAAUGUCAAACAUCUUAUGCAAUUAGUAUGUAGUCUAUACAGUUCCUUUACCCCAAUUUGUUUCACUUCAAUUGUAACUUAAAGAUAAUCAUGAGAAUAGUUGAUAUCUAAAAUUGUUCUUUUAAUCAAUUUUCUGAAAAGGUUUUCCACCUCCUUUUAUAAUUAUACAUUGCUGUCUUGAGCUAGGAUAUGUAUAACAUGUUAGAUCCAUGUCUUAAGCAUCUCAAAUUGAGGUAAUUGCACAGAUAAUCUUUAUAUAUUUACUAAUGAUCAGUGUUUUCAUUUUUGACUGUUGUCAUAUCUCAACGAAAGAGUCGGUAUGAGAGACCAUGCUGUAUAAUAGCCUUAAAGGUGCAAAGAGGAAACACAUUGGUUGUCAAUGUUUUUCUCAACCAAUGUAAUAGUUCAUCUUCACACAUAAUGUUAGAAAGUCAAGUGCCAAACCUUGAGCUGCUGCUCUUACUGAGGAUUAUAACAAUAUAAAUAAUAAAUGAUUCAUAUUUUACUGAAA